CCAACAAAAUGCAUGCGCAAUAGAUGUCAUAUAGCUAUAUGAAGCAUUGAAAUGUUAGGCGAAAGCUGGCCAAGUGAGGUUAUAAGAGAGUGCAAUUGUAAUCUAAUCACAUAUUCUGUAUUUUAAUUGCAGGGCGUAAUUAAGAUGCGAGGUAUCAGUAAGUUAAAAAUAUACUGUCGUAGAGUAAUGUUUUUCCAAGGAAGUAAGCUGGACCUACGAGCUCCAUCAAUAACACAAAAAUACGGUCUCUUGAGGAAUCGUCAAGAUGGGGAUGAUGGCAAACACGGACAAGAUGGACCAUCAGUUGAAGUCUUCGCUCACAAAGUUUAUGGCUACAUCGAUAUCGAGGCAAGUGGAGGGGAUGGAAAUAAAGGUCAAAAUGGUGCUGAUGGAAGGGCAGGGGCCGAUAGGAGCGGCGAAACGCAACCUAUUUAUACUCGAAGUGAGUGCUUUAUUGGAUGGUUCAGUACUUCACCAUGCAUAACCAUGCACUCCAGAAACGGCAUUGCAGGAGGUGACGGUGGUGAUGGCGGCUAUGCUGGCAAAUCAGGUGAUGGUGGUAAUGCUGGGCGGAUAAGAAUCAGCGUUAAUAGACAAAAAGGGAACAUAAAACUAAAAAUCUGUCGUGGAAAUGGAGGCGAGGAAUCUGCUAAUGGGAUUGGUGGAACUGGUGGUUCUGGCGGAAAAGCAGGUGUAGGAGUAAAAUGUACUGAAAUAGUGAAAACGGGACGAUGGGGAUAUCAUUCCACUGCUUGUGAAUACCAAGGCAAAAUCGAAUAUAAARACGGGCCAAAAGGAAGAGAUGGAAAGAACGGAAUGAGUGAAGUUGCUGCUGGUUCAAAUGGUGAAAUCUCGCAGAACAACUUUAAAAAAAGAAAAAUUUCAAAAAAGAAAAGAAAAAAGUUCUCAUUGCCCCUUAUCAAGGUGAUGUUAAGACUGGCCGAGGAUUAUAUCUGGAUUAAUCAAAYGAAAAAGGCAGAAAGGAUUUUUCUAUUUGUUAAGACUUUGACGAAAGAAAGGGAAGAUGCAUCUAGAUUUCUCAAGGUUGCACAGCGAAGGUUGGCGUUUUUGAACAAGGAGGGAUUUGACAGAUUUGGUAAAAAUAAACUUUUUGCACCUCUUCUUAAAUGGGAAGCUUUCAAGGAAGAAGUCAAAACAAUUCAAGCUUAUGCAACAGCAUAUGAAAAUGCAUAUAAUGAAUUGAAACAAGYCAUUGAAAGGAAGGACGASACAGAGACGAUAUUGARAGCAAUGCCACGCUCUGCUUUAACUCAAGUAAACGCACAAAAAGAACGACUCAUUCAGGACAAGAAGAUAGCACUYACCGAGAAGUGGCUAUAUGUACCGKCUAUCAAGGAGCUCGAAGUAACCAUGGACAACACUCUGCUGAAAAUAAGUGAUAUUUCUACAAUAUUGACCGCCGAAGCACAAUUUACCAAACAGGACAUGUUUGCAAUAUUGCAAGGUGCUACUGGAUUUGCUGGUGCCGCUGCAGGAAAGGACCCAUUUGCCGCAUUGGAAUCCGCUUUGGGUGUAAUUGAAAAUUUUGCAACAAAAUGCUCACUUCAGUCCUUAAAUGAAAUCAAAGGAAAACUAAAAAAAUGGCUAACGUUUGGUAAGGAGUACCAAGCUCUUCAAGACUCUAGUGAAUUGGAUUUUGAUAGAUUAGAUCCAGGAGCUGUUCCAGAGGUUAUGCAGGCGAACCUUGACAUGAAAAAAGAGAGUCUUCUAGCUGAUCUUGUGUGCUUGAUGGAGGGACGGUUACCAGAAACCCACGGCAGAUUAGUUGAGUUCAAGCAAGAUAUCGAAAGAUUCUUCAUUGCCGGUUCUGCAAGGAUUGACCUCAUCGCAAAGGUCAUUGAUUUAGACAAUGCAAUCGGUGGCCACAACUUCGACAUUCCRAAUUUGGAAGAGACAGCCGACAAACUUGAAAGUCUUAGUAAUAGAAAGGAAUCUCCCAUCGCUGACAGCAUCCAAGAGACGUUUCUUGACGAUCUCCUGACAUCUUAUCAGAACAUGGAAAACAUGUUCUUAAAGAAGCUGGUGAUGCUGUACAAAAGCUUUGAGUUUCGGACACUCUGGCCUGUCACAGAAAACUUGAUUGCUUUUCAACGGACUGCAACCGAUGCAGCUACUGGCACAGGGCAGCUCAGAGGCAUUCUUCAGCUAAACAACGCUUUACAGGAGAUAGAUAACAUCGAGAAUAAGGGACGAAAUUGUUUUACUAAGUUUAAUUACGUCACUAAAACUCACAAGUGGACGUUUAAUAUGGAGGAACACGCCACACUUUUUAAAGACCUACACGAAGGUAAUAAAGCAACUUUUCACCUUCCAAUCAAAGACAGCUGUGAUACGUGUUAUAAUUUUCGUCUUCUAAAGAUCCACAUUGAAUUGUAUGGAGACAAAUCCCAAGAAAAGAACGACAUGCCGAAAAAGGUUUAUAUAAACAUGACACGAGAAGGUGCAUCUUUUUUUAGGGAUGGACAUAAUAAUAUCAGGAAAUUCCGCCAGCAACGACGUCAGAAAGAUUUUUGGUUCAAUCGUCUCACAAUAACAGACGAAGCAAAAUGUGACGAGGCCGAAAAAGCAGGGGAGACCGACUCGUCUUUUUGUAUUACGGAAAGAGAUCUUCGCUUAAUCCCAAUGUGCUCUCGUCUUACUGGUUCGCUCACUGAUGAUAAUAAACUUCUUGGAAGCCCGGAAUGCCCGAGUCCAUUUGGAACUUAUAGAAUAGAAAUGCCAAUUGACGCAAACUUACCAUGCCAGGAUUCAAGGACGAUAACAAACAAAAACUGCCGGGAAUUUGAUCGAACUAUCUAUACCAAGAUGAAUGUAUGGGUUCUAAAUCUGUUUUGGUCUCGAGAGUAUCCCACAGGAYCAAAUGAUCCAAGGUGUGGAAUUAGUGACCAAGUUAUGGGGCGAAAUAACACUCAGAUCGAGGCAAAGGUUGUAUCAAAUUGAUCGGAAAGAAACCAAAAACCAUGCAAAAUAAAUAUCAAAAACUAAYAUUAAAGCAAGUCACCUGACAUUUUUUUAAACUGAUUGGAUCGAAACGAUUCAAAUGGAUUUGAUCAACA